AUGGAUAUUGUUGUCUUGACGCAAUUGUCCCUUGAAAUGGUCAAUUACGAGCUUCAGUUGAUCGCGUCAACCGAACCCGUCUGUGGAUUGCACAGAAACAAGAUCAUUGCCCUGCCCUCCGGUCUGAUGUACCGGCGAUUGGUACGAGCACAGUCGCGUUCGUACCGGCCCCAUUCACAGCCGGGUAGAGUGGGUAGCCGAGACGCAGGGCUCCUGUUGCUCAAACCUGCCAGCAAGAGUCUUCAGUCCGAUACAAACGACGUGGAAAGUGGCAUCUUGCCCUGUCGACUUGGCAUCAAACACACGUGUCUUCCCUAA